AUGGGCUGUGCAUCUACAAGGUCUAAAAUAGAAAAAAUUAAGCAAGAUUUGAAAAUAAAGGAAAGACAAGUAGGAAAAUUAAAUGAUGAGCUUGGGAGAUUAGAUAAAUAGAUUGAAAAAUUGUAAACUGAGGGUAGAGAAGAUGAAGUACAAUUAAAAGUACAAGGUAAAAAUCUAUUGAUUCAUAUUUUAUUUAAGAUUAUGAACAAAUGAAGAAAGAAAAAACUUUGCUUACAAAUGAUAUUCAGCGUAGAAAAAAGACUUUAAAACAGCUUGAGGAAACUAUUAAUAAAAAUAACAGUCUUAUAGAUUAAAAUGACCUUGAUAAAAAAUAAAUUGAUAAGAAAAAAUAGCAAGCAGAAUACUUAAUAGUAAGAUAAAAACAGGAGGAAAAGCUUGCAAAAAUUGGUGAUGCAAACGAAGAUUUGAUGAAUGAAGAAGAAAGAUAAGAAUAGAAUGAAUAAUAAUACAAAAGAGUUCCAAAUAGUUAAAAAAGAAUAAUAUAAGAAUAUCCUCCUCCUAAUGCCAUGUAUUAAUUUAAAUCAUUGGAAACUUAAUAAAAUAAAAUCAAUAAUCAACCAUAAAUUCAAAAAGUUUAAUCAGGAAUUUAUAAUUGA